UGCUCCAGCUGUGAUGCUAACGCUGCCACACUAUCGAAAAAGUGGCAACGCCGAGCGGCUUGUUUCGCAAAACAUCUGGCAUUAAUUUCGUGAAAUGAGCAAAUACACAAAAAACGAAUUAAAUAGAACAUUAUAUUUUCUAACAGCGCUUGCUCAAUAAAGCAGCGAUUAUUAAUUAAGCGUAGGGCCAAACAAUGUUACCAUCGACAGGCCUUUUCAAGAGCUUUGCUUGUCCAUACUACAACAGCGCCGGCAAUAGCAGCGGCAGUAAUGAUGAAAACGGCGAAGCGUCCUUCAACUGCAAACGUCCUUUCUGCCACUUCAAGCAUAAUCGCAAGGAUGAUGUGGAAACGACACAGCCAACCGAGUCGGUGCCAGAGUACAAGCCAGCGCCGGUGCCCAAGUUGCUUUCGCUGCCGCUGCCCGAGAUGACGAUGUGUGCACCCAAAAAGAAACCAAAUCUGGAAUACCAUCCUGAGAAACCGGCCCUAAAUGCCUCGCCGGCGAAAAAACCAUUUGGCGACGCGGCGACUGCACCCAAAUAUGUGCCCUCCGCGAUAGCAGCGACAAACGGUGCGGACGGCGACUGGGCAGAACAUGACAAAGCUGAAGAACAGCAGCAAGAGCAUGAGCAAGAGGAAGUGAAGGCGGAAUUGGAAGCGGAAUUGGGUGCGGAAUUGGUCGAGUUGGCCAAAACGAGUACUGAAACUAAGCCCGUACAAGAGAUAGCUAGCGAGGAGGUUCCAAAGAGCGACAACGAAAAGAAAACUUCAUCGUCUUCAUCCAGUGCUCGCAGCGAGAGUCGCAAACAUGAACACAAAUCUAGAGAAGAUAAAGAACGCCGCAGCUCGUCCCACAAAGAUAAAGAACGUGGCGAGCAUCGUAGCUCCAGUUCCAGCUCCAAGCACAAAUCAUCAGCGUCCUCCUCAGCAUCGUCUUCGCAUAGAAAGUCAUCCAGCAGCGAUAAGCAUCGCAGUGACAAGAAAUCUGACAGCAAGGAGAGAAACAGUUCGUCCAAAUCAACAACAUCGUCAACAUCAUCAUCGUCCAGGAGUCGCCAUCACAGUAGUUCCAGUUCGAAAUCCACAUCACGCAGCUCGAGCAGCUCCAAAUCCAAAACCUCCACCGCCACCUCCACCUCCACCUCCACAUCCAACUCCAGCUCCAGCUCUAGCAGAAGCAAAACCAAAGCCGAAGCAGACACCCCUAGUGAACUGCCAGCCAAGCCCGAAGAUGACUUUGCAUUGGACUAUGAAAUGAAUGUGGAUGUUUCCGAGGCGGAGAUUGUGCGUCAGUGUGAAAUGAUAUUUGAUGAAUUGGAGCAGGAGUUUGCCCACAAGCCGGAGGAGACGAGCGCGGAGAACGCGCGCAAACGCAAAGCCCCUUCGCCGGACAUUGAGGCCUACACCGAAGCAGCUACUGCGGCCUUGCAGAAGCGUCGCGUUGCCCACGAGAAUGCGGACAAGUGCAAGCCCCAAGCUCCUGUGGGUGUGCACAAGCCCAAUCAUAUACGCAACGCCAUGCAGGCAAUAUUCGACAGACGGACCGAACUGCGGCGUCAGGAAGCGCUGCGCGCCGAGGCAGAUGCGGAACUGUUGCGCCAGGCCCAGGAGCGCGUGCGCGUGGCUCAGGAGGAACUGCGCGAAGCGCGUGCCAAGACCCUAACGCCACUCAUAUCACGCAGCUCUCUGGCACCUCCAACGCGCACAGCACGCACCAUAACGCCCGUGGCUAAUGUGAUAGCCAUAGCGCGCGCCAAGAAGAAAAUAGAGGAAUUGCAGGCGGAGAAGAAGCCCGCUUUCACUGCUGCCCAGACAUUUAAAGGCGGUAGCCGUUUGGCUCAUAAGCCUACUGCGGCGCUGGACAAGGUGGCGCCUGCAACUGGUGUCGCUGCUGCCAAACCACCGGUGUUGGAGCCACAAAGCUCGAAAAUAUCGUAUAAUAUACGCAUGCAGUAUUACGAGAUGAUGGUGAAGCAGUGUAUCAUUAUCUAUCCACAACUGGCUGACGCCUGGGAGCGAGCCCAGGUCGAGGAGCUGGCCGUGUUCAAAAAGUGCAGCACGCCGUCGAUCUAUAAGAACAGCUGCAUGUUGGCCAUCAAUAAACUACGCAAGGAGGCCAUCGAGGCGGGCAAUCAGCCCAGCGUGGCCAAUAAGACUGUCUCGCACGAGAUGAUGUUGGGUGGCAAACGGGCGCUCACCACAUCCUGGAGCGUUGAGAAGAAGGACAAAUCCUCGUCGGAGCCUUUUGAUACACUCGACGCGGAGAAGGCAUACCAAAUGGUCUACGAUCUGCAUCUGACCGACGAGCAGCUGGUGGAGAAUGGCUAUCCACGGCCGGGCAAGGUACGCGGCACAGCUGUUAUACGCGCCUGCCGCCCCAAUCGACGACCCAACGAAACCGAACGCUAUUGCACCCGCUGUGGCAAGGUGUUCAAUCUAAGCAUUUAUGACACCAAGUGCACGGACAUGUGCAACUAUCAUCCAAAGAGCACGGGCUAUCGGCGCGGCUUCACAGACAAUCAGCAUCGCUGCUGCCAGCAGCCAGCGGGCACGCCUGGCUGCAGCUAUGCCAACUAUCACGUUAGCGACUACUAUGAUCCCGAUAAGCUGACCUGCUUCAUAAAGACCAUUGAGCGUUCGGACGACUAUGUGCCCACCAAAAAGGAUAUUUACGCGCUCGACUGCGAAAUGUGCUAUACGACGCACGGCAUCGAGCUGACUCGAGUGACCGUUGUGGACAUCAAUGGACGCAGCGUUUACGAUGCUCUGGUCAAGCCAGACAAUCAAAUUGUCGACUAUAAUACUGUAUAUUCGGGCAUUACGGAAGCGAUGCUGUCAAAGGAGACACGAACGCUACGCGAUGUUCAGGCGGUGCUUAUGUCCAUGUUUCACGCCAAGACGGUGCUAGUGGGUCACAGCCUGGAGAGCGAUAUGAAGGCCUUGAAACUAAUACAUGAUGUAGUCGUGGAUACAUCUGUGCUGUUCCCACACAAAAUGGGCCUGCCCAAGAAGCGAGCGCUCAAAACGCUAUGCAUUGAAAAUCUGAAGCGCAUUAUACAAGAAAAUGAGGCUGGCCACGACAGCGCUGAGGAUGCGGAGGUCUGUAUACAGCUCAUCAAAUACUAUCUGCGCAACAAGAUUAGUUGAGCUGUAGCGGAUCGCAUUAAUCGAUUAAAGUUUGGGAUUGGACUUACAAUGUCAUCAAUGCGGGCACAUUACAUACGAUUCGUAUUAUGUAACUCAACUUCAUAGCCGAUCCCACAUUUGAAAUCAAACGUAUCCCAUAAGUGAGCCUUAAGAUCCAAAACAAAUAUCUAUAAUAUAUA